AUGCUAUCAUCAACAUUCUUGAUCUCCCUGGCGGGGCUCAUACGUUUUAGCGCAGCUGGCUAUGUGCUUCAAGACGACUACAGCAUCGACAAGUUCUUCGCCAUGUUCGAGUUCUUCACGGCUCCGGAUCCAACAAAUGGAUACGUCACAUAUGUCGGGCAGUCUGCUGCGCAGGCUGCUGGACUUGUGAACACCAACAACAAUGCUAUAUAUAUGGGAGUCGACCACACCAAUGUGGCUUCGGGCUCUGGCCGCCAAAGUGUCCGACUGACGAGCAAGAAAUCCUAUACUCACGGACUGAUCAUUCUCGACGCUUCGCACAUGCCCGGCGGGAUUUGCGGCACCUGGCCAGCCUUUUGGACGGUAGGACCAAACUGGCCUCAAGGUGGAGAAAUUGAUAUCAUUGAAGGUGUCAACAGUCAAGUAUCCAACUCAAUGGCACUGCACACAAAUCAAGGCUGCUCGAUUACAAACACCGGCCUCUUCUCUGGCACCAUCUCCACCCCAAACUGUGAUGUCAACGCUGCCGGCCAGGCCAACAGCGCUGGUUGCGGAAUCCUCAUGUCAAACUCUGCUUCCUACGGUACAGGCUUCAACCAAGGACAAGGAGGUGUCUAUGCAACCGAGUGGACGAGCGACCACAUCUCCAUCUGGUUCUUCCCUCGCAGCGCCAUCCCCAUGGAUAUCUCGUCUGGAUCCCCCAAUCCCGGCAACUGGGGCCAGCCAGCCGCACGCUUCGGCGGUGGGUGCAAGAUCGACAAUUUCUUCUCCAACCAUCAAAUCGUCUUUGACACGACUUUCUGUGGAGAUUGGGCCGCUAACGUCUGGACGACCGACCCGGUCUGUAGCUCGAAGGCGCCGACGUGCCAGUCGUUCGUGCAGAACAACCCGUCGGCGUUCAAGGAUGCUUUCUGGUCAAUCAAUUCUCUCAAGGUCUACCAGAGCCCCGAUGCUGGUAACUUCCCACACAGCCCUGAUCCAAACCAGGGCCCAACCGCAACAUCGUGGGGUCCACCAAUCACAGCAGCCACCGCCGGCCCUUACCCUGCACCCAGUGACUUUAGCGGCAAACCCAGCGGACCACUGUCACAGUCGUUUGGCCCUGGCAGUGAAGCAGCUCCAAGCACAGGGUUCAGCCGCGGCGGCAACGGCAGACAUACCAAGUCAUUUGGAGGCGGCUCGUGGAACGGCGGCGGCAACCGCGCCAACUUCCAAGCGUCCCAGACUAGUGUACCCGGCGUGUCCGGCGCCACUGAGACAGAAGACGAAAACACCCAGUUCGACCCUGCGGUCCCCGAAACUACCCCGGCACCAAACGCGGAGGAGCUCGACAGGGGUGGCGCGCAGGUCGAUGGAAACGUCGACUACGUGACCGUGACUGCGCUGGACCACGGAUAUUUCGAAGACGACGACCACAACAGCAUUGACGGAACCGUCAACGACAAGCGCGAAGCAAGCGUGGAAAAGAAAGAAGCCUUGUCGUCCAUCAGCCCUGUUGAGGACGGGGAGCCCGCUGAAGCAGAGACGUCCAAGAGAGACGUGGUCUCGGAGCUGGAGAAGCGGGCGGUCGACAAGGCCUCGCAUCUGCAUCUGCACAGGCAUAAUCGUCGCCAUACCUUUUUCUGGGGGAAGGAGGCUGGCGCUGCAGUGGAGGAGAGGCGGGGAUAA